AUGCUUUCAAUAGAAAAAGAAAAUUCAAGAGUUGCUACAACUAAACCAUUAGAUGAACUUUUUACGAAUGUCGGUCAAAAGUUUGAGACAGAGACCGUAAAGCAUGAAGGCUAUCGUUUUGACUACCCAUUGAGAUGGCUAAGAGACCCAUCCGUCACAAAAGCUAUUGGCUUUCGUAGAAUGAAGUUCAUUUCAGAAGCCAUACAUGGUUUCCCAUUUACGGUCGGUUUUGAAGUUCGAUACUAUAACAAAGAAAAACGUACGUAUGAGAAAUUUGAACAGGGAAAACUUUUACAAGUGAAUUUGCUUGUAAACUUAGAAACAACUCUUCAAGCUUUUCAAGAAAAAAUAAACGAUAUCUAUCUCGAAUAUGCAAACCAGUUUAACAUUGACGAAGGAGAGUACCAUCUCGAUAUUAUAUAUGACAGGAAAAAUGCAACUGUUAAAAUCAAUAGAAUAGAAGACCUUGGAGAAGACGUUUAUAUUUCUACAAAAUAUAA